AUGGAGCCCCGCAAAACCCCUCCAGAGUACUUCCUGGAGAUCUUCGCAGACACGACCAGCGUCAGAGACGUAUUAAAAGGGGUGCUCAACCUAAUAUUCUUCCACCGAUACUUCCCAUCUAUCCGUCCCACCACGUUCGAUGUCCUCGAUUUCACCCUCCCCGCUAUAAACGACGUAGACCUCGAAACCCUCAUAGAUUCGCGCAUCAGCUCAUUAGUCCGCCAACACUCAGCUUCGGGCGCUCACGACUCGGGCGGUGGUUUUGGGGGUGGUGGCGGAGGUGGCGGCGGCGUACGCGGGCGGAUCGCCGUCGAAUUCUACGAGAAGAAGCGCAGGCGCUCUGGUAUCUGGUUCCCUGGGCUAGCAGGGAAAGGAGAGGAAGAAGUAUGUUGGGAAGUGUGGAAUUUGGACGUAACAAUCGCCACCCCAAGGACAGAAUCUGAACGCGCAAAGGUCCGCAAAGCAAUGGAGAACAUGCUGCAAAAGGCUGCGCUCAAGAUCCUGGCCGUCGUGGGUCGCGACAAAGAUCAUCUUCCCCCAAUAACGACCACGGAUGCGAACCCCUUCCCAUAUCGUAUCAUAUUGAAUCCACGUACGGAUGGCUGGCAGAAUCGCUUCGGCUUAUACUAA